UCACGUUUUAAUUGUAAUUUCGUCGCGCUUCGUUCGUUAGCUGUGACGCCGUCAUUGUGAAGAUGGAGGGAAGUAACACUGGCAGCAUAUCGCCAGCGCGCGUGAAGGCGGAGCCCGAGACUGCAGAUACGGACCAGUCGGGACGAGUCCUUGUUAAGGAGGAAGCUGAAUCCACGGAUGAGGAGCGUGUGAAAGAGGAGUGUGAGGACAGCACAGACGGGUGCGGCGUGAGCGAGGCGGCCAUGCUGGCCGGCCUGUACACCAACCACGAGGUGAAGGACGAGCUUGUGCUGGGGCCGGAGCGCCCGCACCGACACAUGGUCGCCAUGAGAGCACCUGCUCUUGUCUCCUCUGCUGUGGUGUCGGGUCGGCGCGGCUCGUGCUCAGUCAGGCUGGAGCACCUGCUGGUGGACGCGGCGCGGCGCACCUGCCGGGUCGGGCGCCGCACAUACAAGCUGCACGCCACCGAGCCCGCACCCACACCCCAUGUCACCGCCACCAUCUAUCAAUGUCACCAUUGCGGCAAACGGUUCAGGAACAAGUCGCUUUUGGAGAAACACAUACGCACUCACUUGUCGUUAGGACCGUCGCGUAAUUCCACCCGAGGGAACAUUGGUUUAGAUCGUCAACAAAUGUCAAAUAGGAAUAGAAAACCUAGCGGCAAAGUUUAUAAAUUUUAUUACAAAUCCAAUAAAAAAAUUCACGCAGGGAAUCACAAGAAGACAUACAUUCGUGAAAAGCGAUUUAAAUGUAAGUACUGUGACUACAAAUGCAUUAAUAAAUAUAUGUUACAGAAACAUAUGAUGACUCACACUGGCGAAAAGCCAUUCAAAUGUAACCACUGCGGUCACCGGUUUAAUUUAAAAGGUAAUUUGCAAAGGCAUCUAUUAACUCAUACUGCUGAAAAACCUUUCAGUUGUAACGACUGUGACUACAAGUGCAUUACGAAAUACAUGUUAAAGAAUCAUAUGAUUAUUCACACUGGUGAAUCGCCAUUUAAAUGUAACCACUGUGACUACAAGUGCCCUACGAAAUAUAUGUUACAGAAACAUAUGAUGACUUACACUGGCGAAAAGCCAUUCAAAUGUAACUACUGCGAUUACCGGUGCAAUACAAAGAGAUAUUUGCAGAUGCACCUAUUAAUACAUACUGAUGAAAAACCUUUCAGUUGUAAUGACUGUGACUACAAGUGCAAUACGAAAUAUAAGUUACAGAAACAUAUGAUGACUCACACUGGCGAAAAGCCAUUCAAAUGUAACUACUGCGAUUACCGGUGCAAUUUAAAAAGUAAUUUGCAGAGGCACCUAAGUAUUCACACUGGUGGCCAACCUUUCAAGUGUAGGUACUGUAACUACAGGAGCCGUUAUAUAAGUACCUUACGAACUCACGAGCUGAUACACACUAGUGAAAAAGCUUUCAAUUGUAACUACUGUGACUACAAGUGCAUUAAUAAAUACAGGUUACAGAGUCAUAUGCUGACUCACACUGGCGAAAAGCCAUUUCAAUGUAGCUACUGCGGUUACCGGUGCAAUUUUAACAAUAGUUUGCAGAUGCACCUAUUAACUCAUACUGAUGAAAAACCUUUUAAUUGUAAUUACUGUGAUUACAAGUGCAAGCAGAAAAUACGGUUGCGAUCUCACGAGAUUACACACACUGAUGAAAAACCAUUUAAAUGUAACUACUGUGAUUACAAGUGCAAGCAGAAAAGUUUGUUGCGAUCUCACGAGAUAACGCACACUGAUGAAAAACCAUUUAAAUGUAACGACUGUGAGUACAAAUGUACGCGGAAAUCAAGCUUCAAUAAGCACCUCAUGAUUCACACUGGAGAGAAGCCUUUUCAGUGUAGGUACUGUGACCACAGGAGCCGUCUUAGAGAAACUCUACGAAUUCACGAGAUGAUACACACUGGUGAAAAACCCUAUAAAUGUGACUACUGUGACUUCAAGUGCAAGAAGAAAGCUAAUUUAAGAAACCACGAGAUGAGACACACUAGGGAAAAGCCUUUUGAAUGUAGUAACUGUGACUACAAGUGCAAAACCAAACGAGCUUUACGACGUCAUCAAGCAGUACACACCGAUGAAAAGCCUUUCCAAUGUGGUUAUUGCGAAUACAAAUGCAAGCAGAAAGGUCAUUUACGAGCUCACGAGAUGAUACACACUGGUGAUAAACCCUAUAAAUGUAACUACUGUGACUUCAAGUGUAGAACCAAAACUUAUUUACGAAACCACGAGAUGAGACACACUGGGGAAAAACCUUUUGAAUGUAGUAACUGUGACUACAAGUGCACAAGCAAAUACGAACUACGACGUCAUCAAGCAGUACACACCGAUGAAAAGCCUUUCCAGUGUAGUUAUUGCGAACACAAAUGCAAGCAGAAAAAACACUUACGAAAUCAUGAGUUGACACACACGGGUGAACAGCCUCUCCAUUGUAGUUAUUGCGAAUACAAAUGCAGGCAGAAAAGUCACUUACGAGCUCACGAGAUGAUACACACUGGUGAUAAACCCUAUAAAUGUAAAUACUGUGACUACAAGUGCAAGAAGAAAGCUAAUUUACGAAACCACGAGAUGAGACACACCGGGGAAAAGCCUUUUGAAUGUAGUAACUGUGACUACAAGUGCACAAGCAAAUCAGAACUACGACGUCAUCAAGCAGUACACACCGAUGAAAAGCCUUUCGAGUGUAGUUAUUGCGAAUACAAAUGCAAGCAUAAAAGAGCCAUACGAACUCACGAGUUGAUACACAUAAGUGGAAAGUCUUUACAGUGCAAUUAUUGCGCAUACAAGUGCAAGCUAAAACAACACUUAAUUAUUCACCUAAAGAAACACUAAUAAAAAAAGCUCUGAUAUAUAGUCAUUAUAAGCACUGAAAGUUUAGGAGUAAAGGGAGACUCUAAGAACAAAUUAAAUUUAUUUCUAUGAAAAUAUUUUAAUUUAUUAUUUCAAGUAGACACACUAUUAAUUUGUUUCGGUUUAGUAAAUGGAGUUAUCCAGGUGAGAUCUCUCCAUGCCAGGUCGAU